AUGAAUUCUGACCCUAAAAUCAAGGAGAUAACCAUCUCCUCCAACGCGGACACCGAGAUCCUCAUCAAAGAAUACACUAGGCAGUGGAUUGGUGAUAAGGAGAUAACAAAAUGCGUUUCAAUGAAAGUCGAGCGCAACAAGCUACUCGAAGCUCAAUACUUUCGAGCAAUGUUUGGUCACGCUCGCUGGCUUGAGUCAGGAAGUCAGAAAAUUACCCUGGAGGAGGACAACUGCACAGGCAUGGAAGUUCUCCUGCGCAGCCUUCACGGCACCCUCGAUGACAUGCCUCUUGAUUCAGUUACUGUUGCGGGGACGUGGCACGUUAUAAUGUCCUGCGAUAAGUACAAUGUUGAUCAGAAAAGUUUGAGUUCUUGGUUCAAGGCCUGGUGGGAACAAGAAAGCCAGAAGCGCAUCAACAUAGAUAACUACAUUCGGUUUUCGAGGGAAUUGAUGUAUCCGUGCUUCGUCUUCGACAAUGCCCCUGCUUUCAUGGCGGUCACCAGGAAGCUGGUCUACGGGUGUGUAGGCCAUAUAACCGAACAUAAUCCCACCGACAUUCUAAGGAUGCACCUUCCCCCACGCAUCAUCCGUGAGUCCCUCACUACCUUGUUUCUGAAUGGACCAAUAACAUCUCUCAAUGCAGCCCGUGGGCGCUUACGCAACAUCCUCCACAGAGAGCUACACGAUCAAAUGGCGACUAUCCUCAAGUAUGGGAACUGUGUGUGCAAAGAACUCACUGUCUUUGAAUACUUGCGGGAACUGGCCCGAAUAGAUGUCUGGCCGCUGGAGGAGUCAAUGAGAACCGACAGUAUUAAGAAGAUGCUCGAACGACUGCGUUUGUUUGAUGCAACGAAAAUGCGAAAGCUUACGGACCCUCUGUCUGGAAAAGUGAGACCGUGCAGUUAUUGUAACACAGCUUGGGACGCUAUUGUUUUGCGAGCAGCCAAAAAAGUAGCAGAGUACUUUCAUGGACUCUGCUUGGACUGUAUGGAUAUCAGUAAGGACCUACGGUCAGAUGGUGACAGAGAUCAGGAUUACUGGAAGCAUAAUGAGUUGAAGAAGUGGGAUACCGGUUGCCGGGUGAAACAUGGGGAGCCCACGUGGUACUUCAGCUUUAUGGGGCGCAGGGAAAAGCGCGGCCUAAUCGGUGAUUAG